AUGUCCGUCCAAAAAGUCUCCUUCACUGUUCGCCGGCCGACGCCCAUAUCCAGAGCAUCGUCUGGCGCAGACUCCGAUUCUUCCUUUAAGGUUCCUUCUCUACCACAUCAUAGACUCGCCCGUCAUCUAAAUGACUCGUCUCCUGGUAGCCCGCUGGCUCGCAGUGCCAAUUCUUCUCCAAGACCAGUGUCUGGAUACUACGACGGGCAGCCGGAUUCCAGUGGCGAAGAUGAUGAAGAACAGGAUGAGCUGGUGACUGCGUUUGAUAAAUUUGGUGCACAGCGAUCCAAUAAGCCCAAGAAAGUUCAUCAAGGACCACUCAUUAUACCGGCCCUACAGAACAAAGACUGGCGGGAGCUCGCUCGCAAGCGGCGUAGCGCAAAUCAAUAUGUGCCUACCUCUGGCCAAGCAUGCACAGGCGCCGAUGGCAGUGUUGGUGGCCUGGGGACCAGAGAUAUCAUAAAUUCUGGCCCCGUGCUAUCUGGACUGCAGAUGAGAAAGAAGGUGGUCAAAGCUGAACAAGAUGUCUUCCGGGAAAUGGAAGCUCAGAUGGAGGACGUCAAAAUGGAAGAGACAGAGGACCAGAAAGCGUUGCGCGCUAUCCUCUCUGGAGACACCGAAGGAAUAGAUGGUUCCCAUAUCGACAUUAUCUCGACUCCCGUAUCAGAAGACGAUGCCUAUAAGCAGGAUAUCGAUGAGCUCCCGGACUCUGCCACUCUUGCCGACUACAACAGGGUACCCGUCUCCCAAUUUGGAGCGGCAAUGUUGAGAGGUAUGGGAUGGAAGGAGGGCACAGCAGCAACGAGGAAAGGAGGGAAAGGUAUGGUGGAACCUUAUUUGCCGGAGGCUCGCCCUGCACUUCUAGGCAUCGGCGCAAAGGAGCAGGAGGUCUAUGAUGAUGGAUCAGGAAAAAAGAGAGGCAACAACCGUCCGGACCGCAGAUAUGUCCCCGUCGUGAAGAUGUCCAAGGACGGAAAUGGCGAGAAGCGAAGAGACCGCUCGGUGUCGCCCCGGCGAGGCUACGAUUCGUCAAGGUCAUCGAGAAGAAAUUCUCCAGACCGGUACGAUGACAACCGGAACAGCAAAUCGAGUCGGCGGGACGAUGAGUAUGACCGUGAGAGCAGCAGACGAAGAGACAGGGAGCGGAACCGCGACUAUGAGAGAGGGGAACGACGACGGGAUGAUAGAGAUAGAGACAGACGGCGCGAGCGUUCUUAGGAACAUGGUUGGCAGGUGAUGGUCCUUUGCUAUGUAUCAUUAUCUACGCAUGUGUACUAUCCUUUAACACAACUCUGAAAAUUUUCAGUCCAU